UGGAGGCUUGGGCACCAAGACAGCAGUUUCACUGGGAAGAAGCAACGCAUUGCUCCCAGUGCCAGGGCUGAGCGCUGGGUAAACAAUGAAAGUUCUGUUGCUGAAAGAGCCUAAAGAAAGUGAAAAUGGACCAGAUCCAUAUAUAAAAGAACUGGGUUUGCAUGGGCUUGAAGCAACUUUGAUCCCAGUUUUAGCAUUUGAAUUUACAUCUCUCCAAGCUUUCUCUGAAAGGGUUUUUCACCCUCAGCAGUAUUCUGGACUAAUUUUUACCAGCCCAAGAGCUGUAGAAGCCUUCAGAUUAUGUCUGGAUGAUAAGACUAAAAAAAAGUUGGAAAAUUCUCUGAGAGAAAAAUGGAAUACCAAAUCCAUUUAUGUGGUGGGGAAAGCUACAGCUGAACUAGUGGCUGAAAUAGGUCUCACAUCACAAGGAGAGAGCUCUGGGAAUGCUGAAAAACUAGCUGAAUACAUUGCAUACAGGGAGUCACCCAAUUCAUUGCCUCUGUUUUUUCCUUGCGGUGCUCUGAAAAGGGAAACACUUCCAACAAUGCUCAGCGGGAAAGGCAUUGCACUAGAGGGCCUUACUGUUUACCAAACUACUCAACAUCUUAAUCUUCAAGACUCCUUGAGGAAUUAUUUCUCACAACAGGGUAUUCCUGCAAGUAUCACAUUUUUCAGUCCAUCUGGCGUCAAAUAUUGUAUGAAGCAGAUUCAGGAAUUGGCUGGUGAUCUCUUUCCCCAAAUUAAGUUUGCUGCUAUAGGUCCAACAACAGCUGAAGCUAUAACUGCUCAAGGCGUCUCAGUGAGCUGCAUUGCCAGUAGCCCAACUCCAGAGGAUCUCACUGCUUGCAUUAAAAGGAGUCUCCAGUUGUAGAACUGAUGGAUUUUAAGGCUGUGUGUAUUUGAUAUUAUGCUAUUUGGCAGAAAUGACAUCUCUAAAAUGAAAACUUAUUGUCGGUGGGUGUAACAUUCAUUGGGAUUAGAAGUGACAUUCAGCUCUGGCCUGUCAGAAACUUAUGUAUGCCUUUAUAUCAUAAUAACAGUGGUGCUAAAUACAAAUUAAAAUGGACAGUAAUAGUAGCUGUCUAGCACAGUUAACACCUUGUCUAAUCUUACCCUGAUAAAUGUGAGUUUAUUUUUUUUUUAAGUUUUAGAAAUAGUAAUAAUGAAGCAUUAGGUGUUCUGUUGCCUUCUAAUUAAGUUUCAUAUUUAAUGUAAGCAAUAUUGCUAUAAUCCGGAUGCAGUUUUCAUUGCACCUAAAUUCCCUUCAGAAGUCCAGGGUAGAUUUCAAUUCGGGUUAUGGUCAGUGAAAGCAUUGCAACUUGCCAGACAGACUAAUCCCCUAUGUGCUGUUCUGGGAAUUCUUCUGAUGCCCCUGAGCCAAUUUCAGGUGGGGGGAAGAGAAAAGCGAAAGCUCCAUUGCAUGAGUGAAAACCCUUGUGCUGAUAGGACUCUUUACAUGAAAUCUGCCCAUUGACUAAAAGUAGACUUCCAGAGACACUCCACCAUACACUUGGGGUGGGGUAUUGGUUUUGCACUGCUUCUUAUGUACUUUACACCUUAUGCAGAUUUUUGUAAUUGUACAUUCUCUGCUACUGUGAAUAAUAGCAUAUAAAUGGGACAUUUGCUCAUAGGCUGUGAAUGUGUUCAUUUCAAAUUAGUCACUUCUGACAAGCAUUCUGUAUAUCAAGUAGCUCUGUUUAUACAAGCACAUUGUGUGCUCCUGUUUAAAUCAUGUUUUGCAUCAUCCUUGGAAAGAGGGAAAGAAUGAUUUCCAAGUCACAAUUCCAAUAAACCAGUUACAAAAUA